AACAGCUCAGGAAAAUCCACAUUUUCAUGUCUCAAGGACAAAAAGUGUCUAUUAUUAAACCAUAUCUUUGGCCAAUCUACUGAUUGGUCCAGAAUCGUCGGUGAACAGUCAAGCACUGCAGCCUCAGAACAUUUGAAUCUUCCGACGCAGAAUUUUUUUCUUUCACUUGGAAGGACAAGAAUAUGCUGCAACAAACGGGGGUGUGUGUGGAUAAACUGCCCACAGAGAAAGGCAAGGGACCCAAAUGAUGAACCAGGCAGCAAAGCUUGUGCUACCACGACAGCCAAUUCAGCGUGAUUCGCAGCCCUGGGCAGAGUGCAAAAAUCGGGAAUAGAGCAUUGCCAUGUCUGUACAACGAAAAAAUCAAUCUCUGAUGACACGCCAUACAUCUCUGCCGGGAGGGGCAAUGUGCGUGCGCGUGUGCUUGCAGCCGAAGAUCGGGUGUUCGUAAAGACGAUCGCUGCAGCAUAGGAAGAUGAUAUCGGGAGCAUUUGGACUGGGCCACCAAUGACUCGAAGUAGGCAGGUCGACGUCGAGAGUUUCUUACCUUACCCUGGUGGGUGGUUCUCGUGGCAUCAAAGAGAGCACUCCGUCAUGGGCGGGAAAAAAAGCAUAGAUAGCACAGGAGGGCACGAAAGGGAUGGAAACAAGCCGCCAUGCCGCUUACUGUCUUGGUUGCGUCAGAGAUGCAGUGGCGCAAUGGUUGGCCUUCACAGACCGCCGCGAACUUCGAAACCAGCCAGCAACCGCAGGGGAAUCAGAUGGAGUCUCCUCCGUCCAAGGAAGAUCCACAGAGGGAAACGCUUUGAAAAUUGAGCUCUUCCGCUUUCAGGGUGGUAUUUUGGGUUCUCCCCCGCACUCCGAGUCUGAAACCACUCGCUGUACGCGCGCUUGGCAGAGAUAUCUUAGAAAGUACCUCAUGCUUGUCCUUAGUGAGCAAGUCCAGCGUUGACAAGGCAUCCUUGGUCUUGCACAGUCAAAUAAAGGCCCACUAUGUGAAGUGUUGGGGGAUCGUGUUACAUACGAUAGUUACAGGUCCUAGAGUUGAGAUGCACGGCUCAGUCUUGCUGCACAGUGAAGAGCUCCGCUAGAAAAGCC